AUGGCCGCUGCGCCGGACCCUCUCUCCAAUUCCAUGGCCGGCCUCGGCGUAUCUGCCUUCACCCUCUCCGGCUCCGACUCCUCCUCCGUCGACGAUGAUGCUCCCCUGCCUUUCCCUGAGGCCCUCCCUCGCGCCGACUUCCUCGCUGAAGACUUUCAACCCGCCGCCUACCUAUCUGCUUUACCACAUCGUCACCAAACACUCGAGGACCUUCGGUCAGAUCUGCGUGACCGAAGCGCUGCCAUCAGCUCUGAGCUUCUCGAGCUCGUCAACUCAAACUAUACUGCAUUUCUUUCCCUAGGCAGCGAACUUCGUGGCGGCGAUGACAAGGUGGAGGAUGUCAAGGUUUCUCUGCUAGGCUUCCGGAGAGCUGUCGAAGAGGUUAAAACAAAGGUCUCUGAGCGCAAAGAGGAAACAAACACCCUCAAUGGAGAGCUACGUGGCGUGCGAUCAGCUAUCGAGCAGGGUCGAAAGUUGAUGGAGCUAUCCGAGCGUCUCGCCGCUUUAGAAGAGAGGCUUUCCCUUGAUAGCUUGCCAGCCGAUCAAGAUUGGGACGAAGAAAGCGAGGACGAAGAAGAGGACGGAAGCUAUGGAAGUUCAUUGACGAGGUUGCUUGCUUCGGCUCAAGAAUGUAGCCGUAUCACAAAGCUUCUCGAAUCUCUGAACCCUGACACACCUUUUGUGAUUAAGAUGGAGGAACGCUUGACACGUUGCAGAAACACGUUGCUGCUGGACUUGGGCAACGCUCUAAAAGAGGCCAAGAAAGCCGGCGUGCAAGGCCAGGACAGAGUUCUCAAAUGUCUCGCCAUAUACAGAGUGCUGGAUGCACAAUCGGAGGCUGUCAAGGCACUCCGAGGCGGCUGA